UCAAAGUUGAUUGAAUUAACUUAUCAACCUUUCAGACCGAAUAAGGAGAAUCGUGGCCCAGCAUGAAUAAUCAGGAGUUAUACAAGUUGUUCAAGAACUCGAAGUUGGCCCAAGUUGCCACUCCUUUGAAGCCAAAGUUGAGACAAAACACCCAUUCUCCAACUCACCAAAUUAUUUACACUCCAAAGUCAAGUGCUAUUAGAUCCAAUUUUGGUAUUAAGAGUUACUUACCAAAGAAAAUUGGUGAUUCACACAUUGUUUUCAAUGACAUAGACAACAAGAAAAACAUGCCUGAUGUUGAAAAAUACUCCGGUGCAUACUAUAACAGACUUAAGUUUCAAGAAACUGGUGCAACCGUCAAGAAUUAUUUCACUGAAACAAACCCUUUGUUCCCAUCUCCAUCAACCAAGAGUAACCAUACCGGUCUCUUGAGUUCUGAAAACCUCUUGUCCGCAUUGAACUUGAGCGAUAGAGCCACUGUCUCCGACGUCAAGCGUCUCAUCAAGAGUAACCCUGACAUGUACAAAUCUUUCCAAACUUGGCUUUUAAACAACAACCCACAAGCUUUAACUUCCUCAAACCCUUCAUUAGUUUUAAAGAAUUUGAGAGAGUUCUUAAAGUCUGCUCCUGCUGAUAAAAUUGCAAAGUAUGAAAUCUCCUUAAUGGAUUUUUCUAGAAAAUUGGGUAAGAGAUCUAACCAUGCUCCAGCAGCUGAUGUUCAAGGGACUGCAGGUUUCUCCUAUAUGCUCAAGGGUAGAUUCAACAAUACUCCAAACGGUGUGAAGUAUGGAGCUAUUGUUCCUGGUAGAAUGGUCAACGAAAGAGAAGCUGCUAUUGGUGGUUUCGUCGCCAAGUCAAAUGAUCGUACUACUAUCUUACAAAGUAACUACUCCAAGAGUUACCCAGGAAAGCAUCAACGUCAAUUUGUCAUGCCAUUCAAGAUCACUGAAGCUGAACUUACUCCUAAAGGUGGUGUUAGAAUGUAUGUUGACGGUGUCAAGGUCGGUUCUUGGUUACAAAAAACUGGUGCUGAAGAUACUUCACUCGAUAGAUCGAAUUACCAACCAUCUAAUCCAAACUUUGGUAGUGCUUCUGAAAGAAAUGGAAGAGACAGCAUUGCUUUGCGUAACUUGAUGAACUUGAUUAGUCAUUAAAGUUUACAAUUUUCCCCCGUGUAUAUAAAUAUCAUUACUUCGUAAAAGUGUAUAAAUUUAAAAUAGAUAUUCUAUAAAUUAAUCGAAAAAUGAGGUAGCUAU